UGUGUUUGGACAAAUACUUAAGUCUUACUCCCCAACAAUGGCUGAGGCAAGGCAGAUUCUGAACGAGAUCAUCUUAGAAAACCUCCCUGAGCUUCUGACAGCAACAGACACUGAGAGAUCCAGUGAGCCCACUGAGGAUCAGAUUCGUCAGUGGAAAAAGACAUUGCGUCUGGAGAUCGCGUCAGUUGAAGAACUCAACUCUUCCUCUGAGGAGAGGGAGAAUCUACACAAGACCAUCUCUGAAAACCUCCCCAACAUUCUGAGAGAGAAAAAGCCUGAGAUCGAGGAUCAGAUUUCUGAUUGGAAAGUGAAAAUGGCUCUGGAGAACGUUCCAGAUGAAAAAGUGUUUGAAAAAAUACUCAACUCCUCCAACCCAGGGCUGGCUGAAGCAUGUUGGAUUCUGAACAAGAUCAUCUCUCGGAAACACUACAAGUUUUUGGGUGAAAUCUCAAAUCCCGAUCCAAUGCAAACCGAGGAUGUUUGGAAACAAGAAUUGGCUGAGGCCCAACCUAACAAACUGAAACCAGGGGACUUUGAAGUUAUGUUCAUUACUUUUGACUACGGAAUGAAAGACGAGGACCCAAUCUAUAAGAUGGAUUUCUACGGGAAGGACAACCCUGAAAAAACAUCCAAGAUUUUCAAAGAAAAUGUUUCCAAGCUUCUCCCAGUGCAGUUUUCUGAGCAGCUGAUCCGGGUUUACAGCAGGAAAUCAGAUAAAAAGAGUUUGCCCAUUGCCAAGGAGCACUUCGCCAGCUGGGCUCAAAGCAAAUGCCGGUAAUGCCAAAGAUGGAGAGAUAUGGAAGCAGGAGCAAAGAGGAAGAGGACAGAUGAUCCUCAUGGAUGUUCAUCUUCAGAAUGAAAGCCAAUGUAACAUCAUCUAAUAUAUUAGAGUCAAAAAGAGAAGGUCAGAGGAUCACAUAACCUGUAAAAAAUGAAAUCUAGACAGCAAGUAGUCAAAGUACUAAUAAAUUAUUUUUUAGUUAUUUUGAAACUGACAUUUUUCCCCACAAGACUGUUCCACUGGAUCUUAGGGUUCCCCACCUGCCAAAUCCCGCUUUAACCCCUGAGUACAGUGUCCUGCUUCAGUAAUGAUGAAGUGCAUUGCUCAGUGCAUUGCUCCUGUUAAUACUGACGCAUCUCUGUCUUUAUUUACAUGCAGGACAAAAAGAAAAAACAGAGCUCACUCCAGUGGUAAAAUAAGUUUUUAUGGAUAGAGAUUAACACAAACAAAAGAAAGAAACUGCUCCCUGAUAGUUAUUUGUUAAUUAUGUUUGAAAAUGAUUAAAUGUUCUUUAAGCUGAGUAUGUUAACAAAGCAACAUUUUAAUUUUGAGGACCCUAAAGGAUUAAACAUCAUUUCAUAACUUUUAAUUAGCUUUAUUUUAGACUGCAGCAGUAUAUGUCGCAAUGACCACGUUGCCAUAAUGUAAUUCUGGUGUCAACAAAUCAAGAAUGGUUACUUAAAAUGGCUUUGUCUAAAAAUGAACAUGUAUACAGCAUAUUUUAUAACCCAUCCCAUUUAUGCUUUUUUUGUGUAUUCUCCACGCAUGUCUUGUGAUCAGAGUGUGAACAUUUACUUUUAGGUUGAGGGUUUUUUCAAAUAUUUAAAGGUGUUUGGUUUUGACACUAAUCGUGUGAAGUAAUGUAGUCUGAUUAGAUAUUUUAACUUUGAGUGAUGUUUGAUUAGACGUUGUUUUUGGUGGUGUGGUUCCAGCUUUGUUGUUUUACUGUAUUGUUGCUCACUCACUGCAUUGGUCAUUACUUUUUUUAUAAUUCGUUCUUUAAAUUUGUUUGUAAAAUGUUACUUAUAUUGGCUGUAUCUUUUUUUUAGGAUUUUUUUUUCAAGCCCAAAGGGUUUAAAGACACAUUAUGUUUUCACCAAUGAUUGAAAGUUGUGUGCAAAUGCUGCCCAACAAAUAUGAUCCCAGUUGACUUCAUGGGGGCACCAUAAUUAAAGCUCAAAAUUUUGAACUUGAAAAGUCAUAACUCAAUAACAUUUUGUUCAAACAUUACCAAACUUGGUGGAUAUUUCAUAAUUAAAUUGUUGAAACAUGUCCCCAAAAGCAUGGCCUGGUGAAUAUAUAUCUAUAUUUUUGUCCUUAUUUUGGUUAUGAACGAUUUUACCUUUUGAAACUGCCUCUUGGGAGGCACUUUGCAUUUUAUCUAUCAAUAUGAAAUGAGACAACUAUGAUUACUAUUCUGAUUACAUUACGUAUAACUAUUUCUCACUGUACUCAUACUAUGUGGCUCAACUUACCUUCUUUAUUAUGUGCUUAUAGCGUGAAAACGAAUUUGAUAUAUAUAUAGAUAGAUACAUAUAUUACAGGUCUUUAAAAGGAAACCUACCAAAAGUUAUUAGAGCCUUUCAACUGUAUUCCUAAUAAGGUUGGUUGAUUAUAGAUUGUACUGUUCUGUUUGAAAUAAAACUCUUGGCUAACA